GGAAGAAGAGCUGGGCGGGGGACGGCGUGCGGCCAUUGGUUAAAAAGGUACAGACCGAAGCCGUUGGCUUGUCGGUGUGCUCUUCUUUUGGUAGGUUUGGCCUUCUUUGCGUGCAAGUUGCAGCGCUCGAGUUUGCAACUUGUCGCGGUUCUUCUUCUUGUG